ACUUGACAGAUGUGGCACAGUGGCAACAAUAUGUUUCGGAACCUUCGAUAAUAUUUUAUAUUAUUAACAUUUUAUUGAGUAUUCUUGAGACAAAACAAGCACGUAUAAAGCAAAGUAAUGUUCACGCCAAGAUGACCGAGGAAGAGCUUGUUGAUAUAGAGCUGGAGCUCUCAAACCUUCUGACCAAAGUGCAGCCAAACCUUCAAGACGUUAUCAAAAGAAGUUUUACUAAUGUUGCUCUACAGCAAACUAAGAAUGGAGAACAAAUUAAGGCUGAUACUCUAGAAGACACCUCAUACUUUGCCAAAAAUACCCAAGUAAACCUCUCUAGGCUAGAACUUGUCAGGCAUCCAACAUUCCAUAUGCAAGCUGUAUCAUUGGACUUGAAAUCAAUGGCACUCACAUUACGUUGUUCUCUUGGUGAAGUCAAUGUUAAAGGACUGUAUAGUGCAUUUAAUGAAAAUCUAUUCAACCUCAUACCAGUGAUGGCUGAAGGACAUCUUCUUAUGACUUUAUCGAACAUGACUGCUGAUGUCAGUGUUGGCUUGGUUCUAGAAGAUGAUGCCUUUUCAUAUGUUAAUCCUGGGAUAGAAUUCAAUCACGAUGAAGUGCUUGUUAAGUUGUCCUGGCCAUCGCCGCAAAGGGGAGGUGGCUAUGAAUUCACGACUACUGAGCAGUUAGCAAAACAUAUAGACGACUUACCUCUCACCGCGUCAAUAUCUCUGUCCCUGUUCGCGUUACUGCGGCAGAAGCUACAGAGGCAUUUGGGUCAAGUACUGCGCCAAGCCACCAGCGUGUCUGAAGUUAUGUGCUGCAACCCUAGUAUGCUUGAAGCUUACAGCUCAAUGGUGGACCAGUUAGCGCAGAACGGCAACAGAGUAGUGGACAUGGUGCUUAUCAAUAUGAGAAGAACGUUGUUACAAACGUGCCGAGAGGUGCUCGAUCUACCACCGCUUCACGCUACUUUUAUGCACAAGAUAGGAUCAAUAUCGUUAAUAGGCAAAUUGGAGACCGAUACGGGUUGGGUGAAGAAUUUGGCUACCGUCAACCGGAUCAAUGACGUAAGCGUUACACGACCUGACCCCAUGAAGACCAGCUUUCACGUUACACUGAGGAUAAAAGACUUACAGAUCGGCUACGAUGAAUACCGUAUUAAAGCCAUGGGUGUAUCAUGCACGGGGCGCGUGGAAGCCGCCUUAAGCAACAACGCGAUACACAUGGCUAUCAGUGUUGGACUCACUCGCUGGGAGCCGUACGCUCAAUUGGACGACCUUAGAGUCCAGUAUAUGGACGGCAUGGAUCUACACAUAAGCGGUCUGGGUCCGCUAAGUGGGAUGACAGGCGUGGUGCGAGCGUGGACGCGCGGCGCCGCUGUCGCACACGCCGCGCCCGCUCUCUCCGCCCAGCUACAACACGAGCUACAUACAGCGCUGUCAGAGCUACAGCUGUGGGAACUGCUACAUGGAAAACAGUAAGCUAUGACCAUAUGUUAAAGCUCAAAAUCGCGCUACAACCCGUUAGGAACUGCUGCCAAGAAAACUGUAACUUAUGCUGAUUAGAUUAGAGCUCAAAAUCAAGCUACUCACCGGUAGGAACUCCUGCAAAGAAAACUGUAACAAAUGCUCAUUAGAUAAAAAAUUAAAAUCAAGCUACACACUGCACUGUCUUAGCUAGAGCUGUGGGAACAGCUGCAUGGGAAACAGUAACUUAUGCUCAUUAGAUUAGUGCUCAAAAUCAAGCUACGCACCGUUAGGAAUUGCUACAUGGAAAACAAUGAGCUAUUUCCAUAUGUUACGAGCUCAUAAUCACGCUACACACCGUUAGGAACAGCUGCAAACGAAGCUGUAACCUAUCCUCAUUAGAUUAGAGCUCAAAAUCAAGCUACACACUGAUAGGAACUGCUGCGACAAAACAAUAACUUAUGUGCAUAAGAUUAAAACUGAAAAUUAAGCUGCACUCCACACUGCCUUUGUAACGCUGUUGGAACUGCUGCAAGGAAAACAGUAACGGUCAUAAGAUUAGAGCUCAUAAUCAAGCUACGCACCGUUAGGAACUGCUGCAACAUAAACAGUAACUUAUGAGCAUAGCAUUAGAACUCAAAAUUAACUUGCACACCGCACUGUCUGUGCAACAGCUGCA